GAUGCUUUUAUGUCCUGGUUUGAAAAGUCUAACAGCGAUGACACUGAAAGCGAAUGUCCUAACGACUAUUCCCCAGAAGACAUUAAAAAAAUAUUCGAGGAUAGUUUACCAACGGAUUACAAAACGCCAGAACAAAAAGAUUUCUUUCCGCCAUUGAAAAAAAUGAAAAAAGAGCAAGAAAGCUCAAGAUAGGGUAACCUGUUCAAUUAAUAUUCGUUCAAUUGAAAUCAGGCUACGUGGGGAUGAAGCAUUACACCUUAAUGAAGAACAAAAACAUAUUCUGCAAAAACUACUCUCUGAACAGAAAAGUAUUUUUAAUCAAGCCGCAAUGCCAAUAGCUCAUGUUGAGCAUUACAUCAAAACGGAAGCACAUGCUCCGAUCUCGUCCCAGCCGUAUCGCAUUUCCCCAGCUAUGAAACUAAAACUUAAAGCUGAAUUAGACGACAUGUUGGAAAAGGGCAUAAUUAAGGAAAGCGAA